UGGACAGCUUGCAAUUGGCCACCGACGAGUAUCUGUGGACUGUCAAGGAAACUGAGGAUACCGAGAAAGCUGACGCUGAUAGUGGCUACGGUGUUGAAUACGAAAGACAAAAACGACGUGCAGCACGAGAAGCAACAGUUGAAGACAGGCUUGAAAACAGGACUGCGGUUGAAGACAGGUCAUCGUCAGUUCCGAGAUCCUCUUCCACUCUGA